AUGUGCAAUCUCUUCCGCAAGUUCUCCACGCCCCAGCGCGUCGUCCUGCACCUUGCAUUGAUUUUUGCGAUUGCCUCAUUUGCGGCAUACGCGGCCGUGCAAAUCCAGCAGUGCCGCGACGCCUAUUCAAGCCCUUCCAACCGCUUGUUUGUCGACGAGGUGUCGGACUUUCCCUUCCCCAAGAUUGCAGUGUGCACGCCGCAGACGUCUCCCGUCUUCUCUUUCGCGAACAUGAUUGUUGACUGGAACAAUACCUGCAGCAUCACCAUCGACAAUACGGCUCUCGAUUGCCUGGCCCCGCCUUCUGCUGGGCUCAACAAUGCCAACCUGACGGUGGAGAACCGUCAACUCUACGGCGGCCAUUCCUGCAUUGAAUUCACUGCGCCCAACCUGGUCGCUCAACGAUCUGACUCUGGAUUCGCUGGAAUGCUCAUCAGCAUUUUCCCAGCGGAUGGAGUGCUUCCCACGCUCGACUCGCUGCAAGUGUACACCUACUUUGACGAGCCUUCGCCGCUUCGUCAGGGUAGCCAAGCCACAUAUGCUCCCCUUCCUCAAACAACAUUCAUGUCGCUCUAUCGGCAGCGUCACGAUCGCUCCGACGUUGGCGGCGAAUCCGUCACGACAGUGCACUCAUCCUCUAGAGUGUUCAGUUCGCACCGCAACAUCUCCUACCCGCCCGACCACAGCGCAUUCCCGUACCUCCUGUUUGCCGUCAUUGACAACUUUGAUGUCCAAGUCACGCAAGAGUACUACAGCUUCACCUGGGUCGACCUGCUCGGUUCUCUGGGUGGUUUUGCCGGCAUCUGCGCCACAUUUGUGUCGGUGAUUGCUUGGUUGUUCAAAAAGUGCAGGCACCAUCGCCCCAGCGAUGCGGAGAAGGUGCAUUCAUCGCAGAGCGGUACUCCCAUGUGGUCUCACUGA